UCCCCUCCCGGGCCCAGCUAGUGAGCGAUGGGAGGCGCUGGAGCUUGGGUCGCCAUGGCAACCGUCCGACAACAAGAUGCCAGCUCCUCCAGGCCGUCGCGUCGGCCCGGCUGGGGGCUAGAAUACCCAGCAUGAGCUCCCCACUGUCUUCCCUGGCAAAAGUCCGGAAGCUGCCGCUGCAGGUGUACUCGCAGAGUUACAGGAGAGGGGAGGUGCUGUUCGCACCCAAAGUCUUCCACGAGGACGAGGAGUUUCUGAGGAGCGAUGACCCUUCUCCGGACACCCCGGCCCCUCCGCCGCCCCGGACCCCCUCUCCACCCUGCUCCCCGCAGAAGGCUGCCCGGGCCCGCGGUUCCGCGGCUGGGCCGGAGGACACGGAUCUGGUGACCUCCAUGGCGAAGAGGCUGAGGCAGCUGGAGCAGAGGGCAAGGAUCCAGGCUGCCGAAAUCCAUUCCAAGGACCAGAAGAUCGCCGACCUGGAAGAGAAAGUGAAGAGCUUCCAGAGAGGAGAUCCAGAGGGAGGGGCCCCCGCUUCCAGACGUGAGGAGGAACUGGAGAGCUUGUGCCUCCAGCUGCAGAGCCAAAUCUCGGCCAUGGAGCGGUUUCUGGGUGAUUACGGCUUGACGUGGGUCGGGGAGACGCCAGAGGAGUGGGAAGAGGAGCCCCUGGCCCUCGGGCCCCUCUGGAAACCAGGAGAGUCCACGGUGCCCCGGGACGUGGACUUUGACCUGCUGCUGAGCCGCCUGCGGGACCUGAACAUCGUGGCUGGGGCGGGCCAGCCGCGGGUGGAGCGCACGGCCUCCGGCGCCCGGCUCAAGCUCCCGGAGCCGCUGCCCCUGACGCUCUACGGGAACGGGAUCGUCAUGUGCCGCGGCCCCUUCCGAGCCUACUCUGAGCCCUCUACUCAGAAAUGCCUUCGGGAUAUCCUGGACGGCUUCUUCCCCUCGGAGCUCCAGACCCGCUACCCAGACGGCGUGCCCUUCCAGGUCUCGGACCGGCGCGGCGUGCUGUUCUUGGAAAAGCAUCCAACGGUGGCCUUCUCCGGUCCUGGUCACGUGGUGGGCGCACAGGACGCGCCGGAGGAGACGAGCCAGGUCCCGGCAGUCCCCAAGCUCUCGCUGGAGCGGUUUCUGAAGCGGCUGCCGGGCCGCGUGAUCCGGAGCGGCCAGGUGAUCGACGUCCGGGACCCCCUUCGGAAGACACCGCAGGGCGGCGGCGGGCCCGGCGUCGACAUUGUGGCGGAGACCCUGGCUGGGAAGGAGAGGACCCCCGGACCCCAGGUACAGCAGCCGUCGGCUCCGGCCACAACCAACCUGCGCGUCAAAUCCGAGACGGGCGAGCGGACCUACGUGCUGACCAUGCUGUCCACGGAGACCAUCGGAGACCUACGCCGACACCUCGCCCGGGCCAGGAACGGAGACCCCGCUGCCUUCGACAUCCUCAGUGCCUUUCCCGCCCGGGCCUUCGACGACAACAGCCGGACCCUGGCCGAGUGUGGGCUGGUGCCCAAUGCCACGCUGCUGUUGUGGCCGCCCCGAGGUCAGCGCCCCCCCGUAUAGUCUCUAAUAAAGGCCCCGGAUGGGCGGGUGGCGGGCA